GGCGAAAUCUCAACUUGUUUACAGAGUAAUGGCCACCCGCUGGGCUUUGCCCCACGAGGAGGAGGAGGCCGCCAAGGGAUGCCUUACAGUUCUUACAGUUCCAUGCGUAUGCCUCUACCCAGCCACAACAAUGGGUUUGGCAUCAAUGCAGGAGUGCCCAGUGCCAAGGCGCCAAGGCCCAACCGGAGAACGCACACGUCGAGCGACGACCAUGGCGGCCCUGGGACGAGCCGGCCUGCUGCUGCUGGCCAGCGCGGUGCUCGUGGGCUGCGGCGGCCAGGCCGCUGACGAAAGCAGCGCACCCGCGGGGGGCGAACGCCAGCACCGGGGCUUCCAGCAGCUGCGCCUCUCGACGGCGCGCGGGUUCGGCAAGCGUGGCACACUGCCCGCCAUCGCCGCCCUGCUCGGACACCACGUGGCCCUGCACAGGGUGCCCGCGCUGCAGCAACCGCCCGUAAUCAAGAAGGGCUUUCGUAACAUGAAGAUCUCGACGGCCAGAGGAUUUGGCAAGCGCGCUGACUCUGACACUUCGUUUUUGCUGGAGAACGAUGACUUUGACCCCAUGGAUUUCAAGAGCAAACGGGACAUCCGGAGAAUCAGCCUAUCGACAGCCAGAGGAUUCGGCAAAAGAUUAAGCCCUGCGUCGUCCGACGAGUCCUAUCAGAGCGCAGGGCAGCCUGCAACCACUUGGCUAGCGGAGGAGAUGGCCAAAGGCGACCUGAACGAUGACGGAGCUGUCUACCAGGACGCCUUCUAGACGUUACUUUACGUUCAAACAUCACCAACUGGUUCCGGCUCGAGUAUCGAUGGUUUCUCGCCACACCUCUGAAGACACAGCUGUACAUACACAAAAUAAAUGAUCGCACAAACGCAAAUGCUGCAGAAAACAGCUGCCAGAAUAAUCAUCCGAGGAGCCGUGAAACAAGCAACGUCAUGGAGCUCGUAGCUCCUCGUACUGUUCUGUACAAUCCUUGCUUUCAAAUAAAUUUAGAGAACUUGUUACCUGA